GGAGGGUCCGGCCGGAGUUGAAGGAUUGAACUUUCCGGCUCAGUCGCGGCGGCUGCCUGGUCCCCAGCAGUGCAGCCCCGGCGCGGAGCAGGGAGCCUCGGCCCGCGCCCGGCGCCCUCUCCCUCGACCCGCAGCCAUGGUGCCCGGGGUGCCCGGCACGGUCCUGACCCUCUGCCUCUGGCUGGCGGCCUCCAGCGGCUGCCUGGCGGCCGGCCCCGGCGCGGCUGCUGCGCGGCGGCUGGACGAGUCGCUGUCUGCCGGGAGCGUCCAGCGCGCCCGCUGCGCCUCCAGGUGCCUGAGCCUGCAGAUCACUCGCAUCUCCGCCUUCUUCCAGCACUUCCAGAACAAUGGUUCCCUGGUUUGGUGCCAGAAUCACAAGCAAUGUUCUAAGUGCCUGGAGCCUUGCAAGGAAUCAGGGGACCUGAGGAAACACCAGUGCCAAAGCUUUUGUGAGCCUCUCUUCCCCAAGAAGAGCUAUGAAUGCUUGACCAGCUGUGAGUUCCUCAAAUACAUCCUGUUGGUGAAGCAGGGGGACUGUCCGGCUCCUGAGAAAGCCAGUGGAUUUGCAGCUGCCUGUGUUGAAAGCUGCGAAGUUGACAAUGAGUGCUCUGGGGUGAAGAAAUGUUGUUCGAAUGGGUGUGGACACACCUGUCAAGUACCCAAGACUCUGUACAAAGGUGUCCCCCUGAAGCCCAGAAAAGAGUUACGAUUUACAGAACUGCAGUCUGGACAGCUGGAGGUUAAGUGGUCCUCGAAAUUCAAUAUUUCUAUUGAGCCUGUGAUCUAUGUGGUACAAAGAAGAUGGAAUUAUGGAAUCCAUCCUAGCGAAGAUGAUGCCACUCACUGGCAGACAGUGGCCCAGACCACAGACGAGCGAGUUCAACUGACUGACAUAAGACCCAGCCGAUGGUACCAGUUUCGAGUGGCUGCUGUGAAUGUGCAUGGAACUCGAGGCUUCACUGCCCCCAGCAAACACUUCCGUUCUUCCAAAGAUCCAUCUGCCCCACCAGCGCCGGCUAACCUCCAGCUGGCCAACUCCACCGUCAACAGUGAUGGGAGUGUGACCGUCACUAUAGUUUGGGAUCUCCCCGAGGAGCCGGACAUCCCUGUGCAUCACUACAAGGUCUUUUGGAGCUGGACGGUCAGCAGUAAGUCUCUUGUCCCAACAAAGAAGAAGCGGAGAAAGACUACGGAUGGGUUUCAAAAUUCUGUGAUCCUGGAGAAACUCCAGCCAGACUGUGACUAUGUUGUGGAAUUGCAAGCCAUAACGUAUUGGGGACAGACACGGCUGAAGAGUGCAAAGGUGUCCCUUCACUUCACAUCCACACAUGCAACCAACAACAAAGAACAGCUUAUGAAAACUAGAAAAGGUGGAAUUCAAACACAACUCCCUUUUCAAAGACGACGACCCACUCGCCCGCUGGAAGUCGGAGCUCCCUUCUAUCAGGAUGGCCAACUGCAAGUUAAAGUCUACUGGAAGAAGACAGAAGAUCCUACUGUCAACCGAUAUCAUGUGCGGUGGUUUCCUGAAGCGUGUGCCCACAACAGAACAACCGGAUCAGAGGCAUCAUCUGGCAUGACCCAUGAAAAUUAUAUAAUUCUUCAAGAUCUGUCAUUUUCCUGCAAGUAUAAGGUGACUGUCCAACCAAUACGGCCAAAAAGUCACUCCAAGGCAGAAGCUGUUUUCUUCACUACUCCACCAUGCUCUGCUCUUAAGGGGAAGAGCCACAAGCCUGUUGGCUGCCCUGGUGAAGCAGGUCGUGUUCUUUCUAAGGUGCUAGCUAAGCCUGAGAACCUUUCUGCUUCAUUCAUCAUCCAGGAUGUGAACAUCACCGGUCACUUUUCUUGGAAGAUGGCCAAGGCCAAUCUCUAUCAGCCCAUGACUGGGUUUCAAGUGACUUGGGCUGAGGUCACUACGGAAAGCAGACAGAACAGCCUACCCAACAGCAUUAUUUCACAAUCCCAGAUCCUGCCUUCCGAUCACUAUGUCCUAACAGUGCCCAAUCUGAGACCAUCUACUCUUUACCGACUGGAAGUGCAAGUGCUGACCCCAGGAGGGGAGGGGCCGGCCACCAUCAAGACAUUCCGCACGCCGGAGCUCCCACCCUCUUCAGCGCACAGAUCUCAUCUUAAGCAUCAUCAUCCACAUCAUUACAAGCCUUCUCCAGAAAGAUACUAAACUGUUCAAAAAGAUUUUUUGAAAUUGCACAGAUGUGUAAGCUUGUUGAACUUCGGCCACGAGACAUGCACACUUCCAGAGGCAGUGGGAACUGCUCAGAGGCCCAGACUCUCCUAUGUGACUUUAGUGCAGGAAGAACUUCUGUCAAUCAUGGACGCAUCUGGAGACAAGUGAGCAACAGUAGAUUGGUGAAGACAGACACCAGUUCCCUACAAGCAUGGAGAAAAUGAAGAAUAGGCCUGUUUAAUGCUAAAUUUUGUUUUCAUGUAUGGUGUCGCUCAUUUCUAUUGAAUUACAACAGAACUCAGUUUUCCCUGAAUUUGAAGCACCAAACUCCGCCCCAAAAAGGAGAGUAACAAAUACACAAUUCACACAUAACACUAAGCAUAAAUCUAAUCAAUAAAAUAUAUUUUUGACUAAAUUAUUGAUUCAAUAUGAAAAAUCAACUAAGAUUACACAGCUUUGUUUAUUUGAAUCUUUCCUAAGAUCAUUUUUAUCCUAGGUGAUUUUUAAAUGAAAAUGUGUAAUCUAAAAUAUACCAGCGAAUUUAAAUCUAAAAAUCCUCCUACUUUAAGUACCUUAUACUGCUCUUUAUGCAAAGAUAAAUCAAAGUUCCCUCUAUAAAUUAUGAUUUACAAAAGACACCGGAACUCAAUGAAAUAAGCUGCUAAUCAGAUUUUACCUUGGAGAAAUGAAAAUUAUUUCUUGGGGAUGCCUUUUAAUAUUUGACCCUAUUAUGUGAGAGAUUUUCCUGAUAUGUUAUCUUAUUUAUAUUUUCCCUUAUUUUCCUCAAUGCAGAUAAUAGCUUUUGGUGCACUUUUGUUUCACCAUCUGAAAAUUCACAAAACUUCUUGCUUCAAAUGAAAAAAUCCUAACUAUUGAGCAUGUUUAAAUCUUUGCAGAGAUUUGCCUUUUCUUAAUCAAAGAAAGGUCCUUGUAUGCUAGAAUAUUAUUGGUAAUGUUUUAAAAAGGCCUUUGAUUGAUAGAGAAGGACAGUUAUUUGCAUUUAAUUCACCCAUAUGCUCUCAAAUCUAGUAUAUCUUUUUGGAAAUUUUUUAUGCUACAAAUUAGUGCCUUGUAGCAUGAACUUAAGUCAAAACGUGUUAUCAACAUAGAGUGUUGCAGUGUAUAUUGUAGCAACCUAAAACGCAGAGAAGUUUAAUUUAAUACUGUUUUUUUCUUGAAGGAAUACUCACAUACAUGGUUUGAAAUGUGCAUAGAUAUGCAUGUGUAUAUAUAUGCAAAUAUAUGUACAUAUACAUAUAUAUACACACAGACACAUGCAUAUACAUGAAUAUACCUUGAGCAUGAAUCCUUGGAGAAAUCGUUUUCAUAGCUCACCAAUGGUGAGUAAAGAUACAGCUCUUUUAAAGGUCAUAAGGAUAAUAUAUUUUCCCCAUCAAUGCUGAUCCUGAGAAAAGAGCAAUUUAUCAAAAUUAAACACUGUAAAAGAAAGGUGUCCACAUGUCUUUACCUACCUAAGUAAAACAGGAAGAGAAUCAGUAACAUUAUCCUUAAGUUUUGACAGUGGUACUUGCUUCUUGUCGUUUUACUGUUUCCUGAAUUCAUGCAGAUGCCUGGCCAUUCCUGGGAAGAGUGGAUAACUCAGAAGUCACUGUACUCCACGGGGCCUCACUGCAGUGUCUAAAGGCAGAUGCAAAUUAAAAUGCAGAGAAAAUAACUUUUCUGAUGUUGAUGCAUGUCUUUAGGAAACACAUUUAUAAACAUGGAUACCUGAUAAUAGAUAUUAAAACCCAUUUCCUGUAUGUUAAAAUAUUUAAAAAGUGGAUAUUCCAGGAAUGUUUUGCAGCUUUGUACAAGUAACAUAAAUUGGACACCUCAGAAUGAAAGUUCAUGUUGGUUCUGAAUGGUUCGCUGCAGCUCCUGUCACAGGCUGGGAUGGAUUUAUCACAUUGAGUUGUGAAAUUACCUGGUUCUAAGAAUUUUUGAGUGGCAAAAAUAGAAAACAGUCUUCAUUUGAAAACAUCCCUAAGCUUGAGUAAAUGGAUACCAUAGAUAGCUUCUCUUUUUUAUUCUGGUGUCAUUACCAGCAUCUGAAUUUCAAGUUCUUAAAAUUUCAAAAAUUAAAAUUUUUCAUUAUUAGCUAUCCAUUUAUCUUUUACACGAACUUGUCAUGAACAAAUCCAAAUGUUUAUGCCAGCAAAUUUUUGUACUGUUGCAUAGUUAAAAAUGCUGGGAGUCUAUACAUAGAUACAAAAUAUUAUUAAAUUAUUACAUAAAUUUAAUUUUAUAAAAUUUAAUCAUGCUUCUUUUGUCUGGGUAAUAGACAUUGGACAGAUAUUUUUAGUUCAGAUGGUGAUUCUGAAGCUUACAUCUCCCUUAAAAAAAUCUAAAGUAGCUCUUAUGGGCUUCUAAUUUUGAUAUAAAUAAAUAAUUUAAAUUUUAUUGGUGUUAUUGGAAGAAAAAUGCUAUUAAUGGGCUAAUAAACAUGUGUUUCUCUUAUGGAUUUUAAUAAGCUCCAGUAUUAUUCAAAUGAUCAAAAAUAUAGUUAUAAUUUUUUGAAUUUUAAAAAUGUGAUUGCUCUAAUAAAGGAUAAAAUCUAUGCUUUUUAACAAACAGUUUUGGUGCCUAAUUCUGUAAUAUGUUUUACUGAAAUUAGAUUCAUUUCUCUAAUGUGAGAAAAAUAUAUCCAGUAAUAGUAUUGACUGUUUAAAAAAUUGAGCUCAUCAAAAAUAUUGUCAUCAAAUACAGGUGGCUAAUUUCACUUACAUUGCAGUUACAUGCAUUAUUUUUAUUUACAACAUUUGCUCCUUAAUGGUGAAUUUAUCUGUGUUACCCUGUUUUUCUACCUGGAACUCCAUAGAAUGAUGUUUGCAAACCAACAUGUGCUCUUUUCAGUCAUUCACGGUUUUAAUAUGACAUGGUAGAGAGGAUAAGGUUUAUGGCAGGUAAUUUUUUGUAAUGUGUAUUAAACGAAGUUCAAAGAUUAGAAAUACAUCUGUGUCCUGAAAACCUUAGAUACAUAGCCGACUGUAUACAGAGGUUCAUCUCAACCUCAACACUAUUGACUUUUGGGGCUGGAUAGUUCUCUGUUGUGGGGGUUUGUCUUGUGCACUGUAGGUUUUUAGUAGCAUCCACACUUUCUCCUCACCAGAUGCCAGUUGCACCCUCCCCCAAGUUGAGACAACCAAAAAUGUCUCCAGAUAUUGCCAGCUACCCCUUGAGGGACGGUACCUCUGGUUGAGAACCAUUGCUAGAGAAUGAUCUUUAUUGAAUUUACCCUUUAUAAGAAACCCAGUAAAUUUCUAGAGCAAGUCCCAAAAACUAAGGGACAGCUAAGAAGUUAUUAUGGUUGACUUCAAAGGCCUAAACUGUGUCUUUUAUGUCCACAAAACAACUCGAUUAAAAGACAGAAUUUUGACUCGUGUCUGUAUCAUACAAGUACAAUACUAAUUUUGCCCUAUGUAUCCGUAAAUGUCAUUUGUGAUAUUGACUUAUUUAUUUAAUGCCCUUUCUUAUGCCGUGGGUUUUCAAGUUUACUCAUUUCUAUGGUUGCAAAUAACUCUAAAACUUAUUAUAUAAACUUUCAUAUUAUAGGCAGAACACAAUGGCUAAAUAACUGUUGCAUGUACUUUAAAGUUUAUUAUAAGAUAUAAACAGAUAUAUAAAGAUGUUGACUCUUACCUGUGAUUUUGCAUGGCCAGACUCGGUGUCAGGUACAGAGAGCAUUCUCAUGACUGUCUUACCUCUACUGAAUAUUUUAGCGAGUUAUAUGAUUUACGGAGUGAUUAACAGAGGUCUAUAUAAAGUUACUUUUCCCCUUUACUUAAUUAUAUUGUAGUGUGCAGAUAACAAAACUGCUACCUUGUCAUUCAAGUGGUCUGUAGAAUUCAUGUCCCUUACAGUGGUCAUUUAAAGUCAAUAUUUAUUUAUGUAUGUAAUAAAAAAAAGUUGGAUUUUCGUGUAUGUCUGUCACGUUAUUUAGAAAGAAGUAAUCUUGUAAAAAUGUUUUGUAAAAAACAAAAAAGUAUUGUAAAUAGUCUUGAUAUUCUGUGACUCAUUAUUUUCAUGUUAGAGUUUGUACAUACUGGUUCAAUAAUAAAGUAUCCUUAAACCAGA